CUGAAAAAGCCGUGUGUGUUUAGUUUAACGUAUUCGUAUCUAACGUAAGAUGAAAUUAAGUUGUAUGGGUGUCGAUAUUAUGAUUUGUUUAUUGCUGUUCGGAUUUAAUAAUUUAAAAUGCGGUUCGGAUGACAUUGCAACGUGGAUGACCUAAUUAGCGUGUUCCCGUUGUGAUACAGAAAUGAGUUUGAAGAAUUUCGACGUAUCUGCGUUGCUGGUCCGGCAAAAUGAAAGCAAGCCAGUCGAAUCGAUUCUUGACUACGCCAAUAUCGAUCUGACCAAUGCCAUCGAGUGCAAGACGGACGAAGACUGCCCCAGUGACAGCACGUGUCCCAGUGGGAAUAUUCAGAUGGCCCACAAGUGUAUGUGCGUACAGGCGCUCACGCCCGCGAAGAAAAAUGAGACCUGUCGCGGAAGUACGGGUGAAGGAGAUCACGAUGGCCAAUCCGGUGUCAUCCGGUUUCCCUCCAAUUUUGGUCUGUCUGUCCACGGUCUGUCUGAUAACCACACAUUUGAAACUAACACGCACUCCUCGCAAACAAAGAGUGCUCGAUCUGAUCGCGCCGAUCAAGAGGAUCAGACAACCAACCUGACCUACAAAGUUGUGAUACCGUUGGCAGCAGUGUUCUUUUUGACAGCUGUUCUGUUGUUCGUGCUUAUCCGCCAUUUCAAAUGGUGCCAAAAGCGCAAGCGCACCAAGGCGACUGCAAUUGUUGUCGCCAGUGAAGGGGUGAAUUUGUUGGACAAAAUAAUUAUGGUGAAUAAAAACCCUACUUAUUUUGUCGGCAAUGCCGCAGGCGGGCCGUUACGGCUGUCGACGGUUGUAAACAUUCCUACAGACAGACUGAGGCUGAUGGAGGUCGUGGGGGAAGGGGCGUUCGGGCAGGUGUACAGAGGAGAGCUCGAGUCAGAUGACGAUGGAGCUACUAUGGUGGCUGUGAAGGUUCUUAAGGAAGGUGUCACGAACGAGGUGAGGGAGGACUUUGAGAGAGAGGUGGAGAUCAUGAGUGCCUUCGACCAUGAAAAUAUCCUCAAACUACUGGGGACGGUACAAACCGGCACGGAUGAGACGCCGUACAUGGUAUUCGAAUACAUGCUGCACGGUGACCUUGCGGAACUGUUAAGGAAAAAUGACCCCAGCAUACGACAGGAAAAGACACUUCUAUUGGAAAGGAUCGAUUUAAUUGAUAUCACAACACAAAUUGCAAACGGUAUGAAGUACCUGACGUCACAGCAUUUUGUCCACCGUGACCUGGCCACAAGGAACUGUCUUGUCGGUGAAGGGCUUACGGUAAAAAUAUCGGACUUCGGAAUGUCACGUGAUAUUUACACGUGCGACUAUUACAGAAUUGGCGGUUCGCGAAUGCUUCCGGUUCGCUGGAUGUCACCGGAAGCCGUUAAGUGGGGCCGCUUCACGACGGACUCGGACAUCUGGGCGUUUGGCGUCGUGUUGUGGGAGUCGUUCAGCUUUGGACGCCAGCCUUACUACGGCCACUCCAAUGAAGAGGUCAUCAAAUUCCUCGAAGAAAAUAUUCUUCUGCAGCGUCCGGAUGAAUGCCCGUCGGUUGUGUAUCACGUGAUGCUUCAAUGUUGGAAGAUAGAUCCGAAAGAGAGGCUUGCGUUCGACAGAAUACACAAAUAUCUGCAGGAAUACCACAAACAGUUGCAGAAAAACGUGGGAAAUGUCUCGUUCGAACUCGUGAACGAGUACGAGAUUCCCAUAUAGUUGGCGAGGUUGUUGUAAAAAUAGCUGACGUCGGUUUAUUCUCCAAGGCGAUGAUAAAACUAGAAGUUUCAAUUUUGCUGGACAAAAGGUUGAUGUGUGUUGUCUUUCAUUUACAGAGUUGAGCCCGGUAAGUAACAAAUAUGAAUAUAUAUUGAGACAUAGGAGCUAUGUAUGAUACAAGUUUCGACUUUUGCACGAUAAUUCUUCAGAAUGCCACGUUACUUAGAAUUUCGAAAUGUUGCUAUGGAACAAGAUAAUGAUUCUUAAAUCAGAGUGUAAUGAUAACAGUCUAGAUAUUUUUUAUUUCCCAGUGGCAUUCGACCUGUCUGGGAUAAUUAACUACAGUUACCCACGCUCAUAUAAUAACCUCGUGUUAUGUAUCUGUAAAUUCUAUCGCAUGUGUUUACUACAAUGUUUACGUGCAUAUAUAUUUGUUAUCAUGUUGUUUCAAUUGUUUAUUAUAAUGGAUUGGUGUAAUACUAGCAUUGCUUGUUCAAUUUUAUGAAUACAUACUGGACAUCUUAGCGGCCUUUAUCCACUCCGCAAAGAACAAUUGUGUUGCAUUCUGAGAAAACUAGGAUUAUUGCAUGUGCGAAAAGAUUCAUCCCAGAUCAGAGACGUCACUUUCCACUUUAUGGUAUUUUAAGUUUCAAGGAAGUCCCUUUUUACCAAAAAUCAAGUUAAUGUGGAAAGUGUGGUCCCUUAUUAGCCUGUGUGGUCUGCACAUGCGUAUCUCUGACGACACUUUACGCACAGGUAUUAUGCCCAGUUUUUCUCAGAACGCGACACAAUUAUACAUAAACAACAGGACUUCUGAUUCAGAGUUUUGUAUAGUCAUGUUUCAGAAGGAAAAAAACAACAAAACCAUGAGCCUGAAUUAUAUAAGACGAUCUAGUGCAGAAAUUAUUUUAAUAAUAAAAUGCAUGUAUAAACGCAUUACUUACUUAAAGGAGUUCUUCAUUGUAGUACAUGUCUCUAAAUAGUGUUUACACGCUAACGCAUUAAGAUUUUAUACUAUUUUGUGUUUUAGGAUAAAUCUAAGCAUGAUACCAUAUACUAUUCCGUCUGAAAGGUUUAAAGAGAAGUAAGCGGUUACUUACGACGUAGAAUGUUAUAAAAUGUUAUGCUUUUACAUACUUGUUUUUUUAUUUGUCUUAAGAAAUAAAAUCAUAAGUGAUUUAAAUGGCAAGAUGUAGAUUAUCAAAUAUUGUUCAAAAUGCUGUUGUUUUCAUAUAAAUGCAACUUUGUGUUCAUAUUUAUUUUCAAUUUUUAAAUCAGUCAUAUUAAUAGUGGCAAUAAUUAUUUGUGGUUUUACCGUAAAUAAAGCGAUAUAACUCCG